UCUUCUAAAAAUUUAAAAUAAGCCACGGCUACGUGUACUUUUUAGUAUCCAUUGACUGGGCAAUAACAGUUUCCAUCUUUCUCACAUGUUUUGAUACAGGCGCGUGCCCAACCCACCAGAAAGCGGGCACCUGAAAGAAAAGCCGACACCCACAAGCAAGUGAACGCAGGCAGGAAAUUGUGAAAAAUAAAAGCCUCAACAUGCUGACGAACUUCGAGUCAAAGUCGGCGCGGGUAAAGGGACUUUCGUUCCAUCCAAAGCGGCCCUGGAUUUUGGUCAGUCUACACAGCGGCGUUAUCCAACUGUGGGACUACCGGAUGCACACGCUCCUCGAAAAGUUCGAUGAGCAUGAUGGACCAGUGCGCGGCGUGGCCUUUCAUCAGCAGAUGCCGCUGUUUGUCUCCGGCGGCGACGACUACAAGAUCAAGGUGUGGAACUACAAGCAACGUCGUUGCAUCUUCACGCUACUGGCCCACUUGGACUACGUUCGCACGGUGGCAUUCCACCACGAAUAUCCGUGGAUAUUGAGCGCCUCCGAUGAUCAAACGAUCCGCAUAUGGAACUGGCAGUCUCGUAACUGCAUCUGUGUGCUGACGGGCCACAACCACUAUGUGAUGUGCGCCCAGUUCCAUCCUACGGAGGACCAGAUCGUUUCCGCUUCGCUUGAUCAGACUGUGCGCGUAUGGGACAUCUCAGGACUGCGCAAGAAGAACGUGGCACCCGGCCCCGGUGGCCUCGAUGAUCACUUGAAGGGUCAUCCGGGCGCCACGGAUCUCUUUGGACAGGCAGAUGCUGUGGUCAAGCAUGUGCUCGAGGGUCACGAUCGCGGCGUUAACUGGGCCAGCUUCCAUCCGACAUUGCCGCUGAUUGUGUCCGGAGCCGACGAUAGGUUGGUGAAGCUGUGGCGCAUGAAUGAGUACAAGGCUUGGGAGGUAGACACCUGUCGCGGCCACUACAACAACGUGUCCAGCGUGCUGUUCCAUCCGCGUCAGGAUCUAAUCUUGUCGAACGGAGAGGAUCGCAGCAUUCGCGUCUGGGACAUGACCAAGCGCCAGUGCUUGUUUACAUUCCGGCGGGACAAUGAACGCUUCUGGAUCCUCACAGCGCAUCCCACACUGAAUUUAUUUGCGGCCGGACACGAUGGAGGAAUGGUGGUCUUUAAGUUGGAGCGUGAACGUCCCGCCUACGCCGUACACGGCAACAUGCUCUACUAUGUGAAGGAACGCUUCCUGCGCAAGCUGGAUUUCACCACCACCAAGGACACGGUGGUGAUGCAGCUACGUCCAGGCAAAUCGCCUGUUUACAGCAUGUCGUACAAUCCGGCUCUGAAUGCUGUGCUCAUCUGCACGCGAACAAACAACCUGGAGAACAGCACGUAUGACUUGUGCCAGAUACCCAAGGACACGGAGAGCCAGAGUGAGUCGGACAGCAAGCGCAGCUCCGGCAUCACAGCCAUUUGGGUGGCACGCAACCGAUUCGCGGUGUUGGACCGCAACCAGCAACUGGUGAUCAAGAACUUUAAGAACGAGGUGACCAAGAAGCUGCCCACGUUUUGUGAGGAGAUAUUCUACGCCGGCACCGGCAUGCUUCUCAUCCGCGAUCCCGAAUUUGUCACCCUGUACGAGGUCCAACGGCUCGUCUCCGUGGGCAGCAUCAAGCUGGCCAAAUGCCGCUACGUGGUGUGGUCUUCAGACAUGUCCCUGGUGGCGCUGCUCUGCAAGCAUUCGGUUACCAUAUGCGACCGGAGACUUCAGUACCUGUGCACGGUGCAGGAGAACUGUCGUGUGAAGUCCGGCGCCUGGGACGAGUCCGGCGUGUUCAUCUAUACGACUAGCAACCACAUUAAAUACGCCAUCACUAACGGCGACCACGGCAUCAUCCGUACCCUGGAUCUGCCCAUUUACCUUACGCGCGUCAAGGGUAAUCAGGUGUUCUGCUUGGAUCGCGAGUGCCGCACCCGCGUUCUCCACAUCGACCCCACGGAGUACAAGUUCAAGCUGGCACUGAUCCAGCGCAAGUACGACGAGGUACUGCACAUGGUUAGAAACGCCCGUUUGGUGGGACAGAGCAUCAUUGCCUACCUGCAGCAGAAGGGCUAUCCAGAGGUGGCCCUGCACUUUGUCAAGGACGAGAAGACGCGCUUCGGACUGGCCCUAGAGUGCGGCAACAUCGAGAUCGCUCUGGAGGCAGCUAAGGCAUUGGACGACAAGGACUGUUGGGACCGUCUGGGCCAGAGUGCCCUGCUUCAGGGCAACCAUCAAGUGGUGGAGAUGUGCUACCAGCGCACCAAGAACUUUGACAAGCUGAGCUUCCUCUAUCUGAUCACAGGCAACCUGGAGAAGCUGAAGAAGAUGAACAAGAUUGCCGAAAUUCGCAAGGAUGUGUCCGCCCAGUACCAGGGCGCCUUGCUACUGGGCGACGUUAAGGAAAGAGUCAGCAUUCUCAAGAAUUGCGGACAGCACUCGCUGGCCUAUCUCACGGCAGCAACCCAUGGCUUCCAAGAGCUAACCGAAUCCCUGGGCGAGUCGAUCACCUCACAGGGCAACACUCUGCCAGAGGUGAAUCCCAAUGCCCAGCUACUACAGCCUCCGGUGCCCAUUCAGCAGCUGGAGACCAACUGGCCGCUGCUUUCAGUUUCGAAGGGCUUCUUUGAGGGCGCUAUGGUCACGAGAGCAGGAACCAGUGCCACCGCUCGCCAGGCGCUGAACAUUAACGCCGAUGCUGCUUUGUUGGACGAGCACAAUGCCGGCGGAGAUGGCUGGGGAGCAGAUGCAGAUCUGGGACUCGACGAGGACGGUGAGGAUGGAGAGAUGCACGAUGCUCUCAGUAACGACGGCGAGGGCGGAGCUGGUGGCGAGGAUGGCGCCGGCUGGGAUGUGGGCGACGACGAUCUGGUGGUGCCCGAGGAGCUGGCCUCCAAGAUAAAGGCUUCCGCCUUGGACAGCAAUUAUUAUGCGGCCCCCAACAAGGGACUUUCUCCAGCACAGCAGUGGGCCAACAACUCGCCCCUGGUGCUGGAUCACGUAAAGGCCGGAUCCUUUGAAACCGCCUUCCGGCUUCUGAACGACCAAUUGGGCGUGGUGAACUUUAAGCCCUUCAAGCCGCUGUUCCUGCAAAACUACGCUUGCUCCCGAACCAGCUUCUCGGCCAAUCCGAAUCUGCAGUCCCUCAAUGGCUAUCCUCUGCGAAACUACUCGGAGGCUAAUGCCAAGCUGCAUCGGCCGGCCCUGGGCAUCAAACUGAACGAUCUGGUGGCACGAUUGCAGGCUGGCUACCAGCUCACAACCUCCGGCAAGUUCUCCGAGGCCGUAGAGAAAUUCCACUCUAUUCUCAUCAGCAUUCCGCUGCUCGUGGUCGACACUAAGGUAGACACAGCAGAGGCCCAGCAGCUGCUAAGGAUCUGUGCCGAGUACAUUGUCGGCCUGAAGAUGGAGACGGUGCGCAAGGGCAUGCCCAAGUCAACGCUGGAGGAGCAGAAGCGGCUGUGCGAAAUGGCCGCCUACUUUACGCACUGCAAACUGCAACCUGUCCACCAGAUCCUUACCCUGCGAACAGCCCUCAAUAUGUUCUUCAAACUGAAGAACUACAAGACAGCCGCCUCCUUUGCCCGCCGACUUCUGGAGCUGGCACCGCGGCCGGAUGUGGCACAGCAGGUGCGCAAAAUCUUGCAGGCCUGCGAGGUAAAUCCCGUGGAUGAGCACCAGCUGCAGUACGAGGAGUUCAAUCCGUUCACCAUCUGUGGCAUCAGCUGGAAGCCGCUGUAUAGAGGAAAGCCGGAGGUGACCUGUCCCUUCUGCGGCUCCUCCUUUGACCCGCAAUUCAAGGGCAACCUGUGCACAGUGUGUGAGGUGAGCCAAAUUGGCAAGGAGAGCAUCGGGUUGCGCAUAUCCAGCCUGCAAUUUCGCUAGAGACAUCUGCCUAAAUAACGCUCUUCACACGCCGAGCGAGAGACCCUGCUUAGUUUAGUUUUACACGAUCAUUGCUUAUGUAUGAAAUAUAAAGUUCAGUAUCUGUAUAUUAUAAUCAA